AGUUAGGUAGAUGCUCUUUUUACUCCUUCUAUUGUGUAACUCUCUGGCUAUUUAAAGCCUCACCAUUGUGAUUAUUAUUAAGAAGAAUUCUACACUUUAUAUGGUAUCAGAGCAUUAUUUGUUUUAAUCACCUUAUUUUUUGAUCCUCCCCACUACCCUCUUCUGCCAUGGCUGUGGUUCCUCGUUCGGCAUCCAUAGCCCCGACCACUAUCACGGCCGAAACACCAGUUAUUCAGAUUCAUGCUAAAACUCAUUUUCCAAUUAAGCUCACCACCACCAAUUUUCCUGUAUGGCAACGACAGAUUCGUUCCACCUUGAUCGGAUACAAUCUCCUUGGAUAUAUCGAUGGUUCCCUUCCGGCACCACCACUCCAUACUGACACUGCUCGCACGGUGGUUAACCCCUGCCAUUUUAUCUGGUUCCGUCAGGAUCAGGUGAUCAUAAGCGCACUUCUCGGUAGCUGUAUCGACACUAUUCAACAACUGAUCUCUAUGGCCGACACUGCUGCGAUCGCCUGGAGCAAUCUCACAUCUAGCUUUGCAAGUGCAUCACAUGGUCUUGUGGUGUCACUUAAAUCCAAGCUCUCCAAAAAUCCACGUGGCACACGCUCUGUUCAAGAGUAUCUCACUGAGAUGCAAUCUAUAGCAAAUGACCUUGCCUUGGCUCAACAUCCGGUCCCAGAAAUGGAUCUUAUUGUGCAUGUUCUCAAUCAAAUGGGUGAGGAAUAUGACACUAUCGUGUCUGCUGCUCGAGUCCAUGAGUCCAAACUUCCAUUUACAGAAUUGGGAGACAUCCUAAAAGAACAUGAGACAAAGCUAAAGGCAGCAGAAGAAUCCAAGCAAACAAAAGUGGCCACUGCGCAUGCAACCCAACGGUCCAAUCCUGGGUCACACGCACGCCAGCAGUCCUACGGUGGGCGUCACACUAGUUCCCGUGACGCCUAAUCAACCAGCAGCGUGGACGUGAUCAGCAGCCAGGUUUGUAUAGUCCAUGCAAAUCUUUUAGGAGUCGCCCUUGGGAGCUAGCACAACAAUGGCCAGCCACUAAGGGUGUCUACAGACUGAAAAGAUGUAAAGGCUCCUCACACAAUUAUUUCGCUGGGUGGCAAUGUCUCUUCCCUCGAGACCACCCACAAUCACGGUUAUGUUCUCCUUCCAAGUUGGUGGUUUCCUCCCCCUUGUCAUGACAGUCUCUCUUUUCGCCAGUGUUGGCGCAUUGGUGCUUCUUCCUUGCUCAUUCAAUGCAAUUUUUGUCAUGCUCUGCAUUAUUUAUCAUGUGUCAGACGACACCUUUCACACUCUUACACUCAAAAAGUAUUGUGGAAUCCACCUUAUGGUAAGAGUAGUUUUUGUGUAACUAGGGUCGGCUUUGUCCUUCUGGUUUCCCUAGAGGACUCUGGAUCUCCUAACUUUGUUCUUCCCGGGCUUCAUUUAUGACAAGGUCAUAAUCAUGCAAGGGCCUGUCGAGACCAGGAUGUUCUUCUUUCUUCACUUGCAUAGGCUUGGGUUUCUG